AUGGAAUUAUGGGAUAUUGGCGGAUCGGGUGCUCACCGUGCCGCCUCCGUGGUUUUCCUUGAUGGUGCUGCAGGUGCGAUACUAGUGCACGAUUUGAGCAACAAAAAAAGCGAAGAGAAUCUAUCUCAAUGGCUCUCAUUACUGGAUGGUAAACCGCGUCCAAGUGGGUCUUCGGGUACGCGACCACUAAUGGCAGACGUUGAAUCCUGUCACAUUCCAAUACUAACGGUAGGCUGCAAGCUGGACCUUGCGCCUCACAGAGGUCCUUCUGCCUACGACAGAAUGAAUAUAAACUGUUUGCGCCCAAUUCCGCCUGGUUCUACCGCAAGUAUGGCAUUAGCUCGAUUCUUCGAUGAGACUAUUGAUCGUACAAAAGCUCCAGUUAACGAAAGGCGUCGCCGAGUGCAGCAGUUCUAA